CACCGCCCGAUUUCAAACCAAUAAAAUGCACCGGCCGGGCAGCAACCACCGCGUGACGAAGAAGGCGACGUCGAAUGCGUUCAAGUUGAACACGUCGGCAGCACGAUCGUCGUUGUCGGCUAGUGUGCCAGGCAGUGCAACCUCGGUGCCGACUCCCGCGACAGAAUCAGCCGUCGGGUUGACACCGACAGACUCGUUCGCGGCGGCGCUUGCAACGGCCAGCACAGUAGCUGCGGCAACGCUGGCGAACGUUCUCCCAGAGGAGCAUGUGAGUUUGUUUUGUCUGUGCGAGACGAACGGAGAUCUCGUAUUUGUGGGCGCCAAGGGUCGGUUGUGUCACAUCAACAUCCACGCGUCGAAACCAAGUCUCCACGAUCUGUCGCCGACAAACGCGUCGGACGUCAGUGCAGUUCUUGCCUCCGCAUCACGUCUCUCGUUCAACUCCCAUGGGACGAAGGUCCUCCUCCAAACGAACCAAGGCAACCUGUACGUCUUCAACCUGCCCCUCAACGCACACCAUACGCUCACGCCGACGCCGGACCAUGUUCAAGUCGUAUUCGCCGACGACAGUCGCCGAGUCGUUAAAGUGAACGCUCGUUCGCACGAUCUAUCCGACGCGACAUCUAUCGAACGCGCCCUUGCUCUCCUUCCUGCCGCCGAACGUGCCCAGGUGAAGACGGUCGUGCCGGACGUGUACGAGGUCGAGUUGCGCCAGAUCCUGCUGCUACCCACCGUCAAAGCAACAUCGACAACUUGGCACCCGCUAAGCGACUCCCACGUGGUCGUCUUAACGUCCACGGACGAGCUCCACGUGUACGCCACGAACGAGAGUACGUUGACGCCGGAGCAGACGCACGUGCUGUCGUUUCCGCCGUCUUCGGCGUCGACGACGGCGGUGACGUUUGGCCCGCCGCAAGGAUGGGAAUCGAUGACGUGUUAUAUUUUGCGAUCUAACGGCGACUUGUUUGCCUUGACUCCCUUGGUCCCGUUUGACGCGGCGGCGGUGUCGUCGACGCUCUUGCAAUUUCUCCACCAAGUGACGGACGGUCGCCUCACGCACCAGCAGACAGAUGUGGACUCGCGCAUCCUCCUCAAGGCACAGAAGCACUGGCUGUCCACAGUCUGGCAGGAUUUGCCCGCUCCACAGCCGCCACUGGACGGCACGGCAAACGACGACUCGUUCAACGACCAACCUGCCCCUCUCGUGCAUGUUCUCGUCAAGACCAGUUCGACGCCUGAAGCCCUGGCUACGCUAAAGUGGCCGCUUCAACUCCAGGGACCCUUCCGAGUGGGCUCGGCGGGGUGGUCACACCCAGGCAGCUCCGCACAGAGUGUUGCGGCCGUGGCAUACUCCGGAGCGUCCCCAAACAACAUUGGGCGCGCCCCUGUCCUCGCGUUUGGAUGGUCGAGUGGUCAUGUCACGCUGAAUGUUCUGGAGCGAGAAAUCCACCCGCGAUGGCAGCUCCGGUCGUCGACUGCUGCUCCGACAUCCAUGGGCGGCGCACCCUCUGUGUACGUCGUGGAAUGUCUGAGCCUCGGGGCGACGAAUGACUACGGAAAAAUCCACCUGACGACCCACCCGUUCAAGGCGCACGUGGUGUAUGCCCUGCAUGCCACGGGCGUCCAUGUUCUCCAUCUGACCUGGAUGAACUCGUGUCCUUUGGCCCCUCCUUUCACAACGGCCGUGCACCGCGUGCUAUCGAUCGCUCCAUCUGCGACGGCUGUCGUCGUCGGGGCGGCUGUUCUUUACUCUGUUGAGCGCGGACAUGUCCUGGCGGUGCUGUAUGCGAGCGGGAAGUGGGAGCUCAUGAACGUGUCGGCCAAGACAGCCACGAUUGGCGCGGCAUCCCCUGCUUCUCCCAACGGACCAGACGCCGCCGCAUCCUCCAAAGAUAUCGUGCCGCCGCUCGCCACCCUCGUCGAUCAGUUGCAGACCAAGUACGUGUACAACCGCGUGCAUGUCGAGGGCGGCGCCACGGCCAUGAGCAACACCACGAUCGACACGUUCAAAUUCGUCCAGGGCCACGUGCCCGCGCUGCUCGACCAAGUUGCGUACAUUGAAGCAGUCAGUGCGACGACAAAAACCCGCAUGGAUCUCCAUCGCGAGUGGCGGGACCAGCAAGACAAGGACGCCACGGCCCUCUCCAACGCGGUCGACGCCAUCACGUCGGCCAUCACGUCCCAGUGCUCCCGGGUCAAAUCCGUCCAAGCCAAGCAAGCAAAACUCAACGGCCGCGCGGCCGCUGUCCUGCAAGCGCUCAAGGAGAACCAAGCCGUGCUGUCCAAGGCAGAGAUCAAGUACAAGCAAGACCUCCAGGAGAUGGCGCACGUGACCCGCCGCCUCGUCCCACGCAUCACCCAACUCAACUUGGAAGCGCAGACGUUGCUUCGCACCGCCGACGACGCAGGAAUUGCCACAACGAAGCACCUCUCUGCCGACCGUGCACGUAUUUGCCACGACGUGCUGGCGGCGGAAACGCAGCUCAUCGCAGACACCACGGCGCGCCUCCACGACCUCGUCGAUCGAGUGGCGACCUUGCGACUCGAAUAAAUGCUGCUCUUGACCGAACUCCAUUGUGACCUCU